AUGCAACCACAAAUCUUAGUUCUGAAAGAAGGGACAGACCAGUCUCAGGGCAAGCCACAGUUGGUGUCAAACAUUAAUGCUUGCCAACUUGUUGUGGAUGCUGUCCGCACAACUCUUGGUCCACGGGGUAUGGACAAGUUGAUCGUUGAUCACAAUGGGAAAGCUGUGAUUUCUAAUGAUGGUGCUACUAUUAUGAAGUUGUUAGACAUUGUUCAUCCCGCUGCGAAGACAUUAGUUGAUAUUGCAAAGUCCCAAGAUGCUGAGGUGGGGGACGGUACCACCUCAGUGGUUAUUCUUGCUGGCGAGCUGUUGAAGCGUUUGAAGCCAUUUGUUGAGGAAGGUGUCCACCCUCGCAUCAUCGUCCGUGCUGUCAGAACUGCAAGUAAACUGGCGGUGGAUAAAGUGCAUGAGCUGGCUGUGAAGAUUGAGAACAGGUCCCCGGAGGAACAGAGGGAACUCCUGACAAAAUGCGCGGCGACAGCCAUGUCAUCUAAACUGAUCCAUCAACAAAAAGAUCACUUCUCCAAGAUGGUGGUGGAUGCUGUAUUGUCUUUGGAUGCUCCUCUGCUGCCGUUGGAUAUGAUCGGUGUCAAGAAAGUAACAGGUGGAGCCUUGGAAGACUCAUUCCUGGUGUCCGGAGUGGCUUUCAAGAAGACCUUCUCGUACGCUGGCUUUGAAAUGCAGCCGAAGAGCUAUGUUGACUGCAAGAUUGCUUUGUUAAAUAUCGAGUUGGAGUUGAAGGCCGAGAGAGAUAAUGCUGAGGUCCGAGUCGACAAUGUGAAGGAAUAUCAGAAGGUCGUGGAUGCUGAAUGGCAGAUUUUGUACGACAAGCUGGCCAUUCUACACAAGAGUGGGGCUAACGUGGUGCUCAGUAAGCUGCCCAUCGGGGAUGUUGCUACACAGUACUUUGCUGAUCGCGACAUGUUCUGCGCGGGACGCGUGACGGAGGAGGACCUGCGGCGCACGCAGCGCGCGUGCGGCGGCGCCGUGCUCAGCUCCGUGCGCGACCUGCGCGCCGAAGCCCUGGGGCACUGCAAGGAGUUCGUGGAGCGCCAGGUGGGCGGCGACAGAUAUAACAUAUUCACCGGAUGUCCGGCAGCCAAGACCUGCACCCUGAUCCUUCGGGGAGGAGCUGAGCAGUUCCUGGAGGAGACGGAGAGGUCUCUCCACGAUGCCAUCAUGAUUGUCCGACGUACCAUCAAGAACGAUGCCGUGGUUGCUGGCGGUGGAGCGAUAGACAUGGAGGUGUCCAAGUACCUCCGGGAACACUCCAAGUCCAUAGCUGGCAAGGAGCAGCUCCUCAUCGCGGCGGUGGCGCGCGCCUACGAGGCCAUCCCGCGGCAGCUCUGCGACAACGCAGGGUUCGACGCCACCAACCUGCUGAACAAGCUGCGCCAGAAGCAUCAUCAGGGAGAAAUCUGGUACGGUGUGGACAUACAGAAGGAGGAUAUCGCGGAUAACUUCUUGGCGUGUGUAUGGGAACCUGCUGUGGUCAAGAUCAAUGCCAUCACAGCUGCCAGUGAGGCGGCUGCACAGAUCCUAUCCAUCGAUGAAACCAUCAAGAACGUGAAGAGUGGUGGCGGAGGAGACAUGCCGAUGCCUGGCCGCGGCAUGGGCAGGCCGCGUAUGGGA